AUGUCUGAAGUUAUAACGAAUUGUAAAAUAUGUUGUUUUACAUAUAAUGUUAAUCUUAAAUUAGCUAAUAAGAAUAAUGUUGAAAAAUUAUUAGGAGAAUUUAAAAAUCAAUUACAUGAGGCACAUUUUGUAGUAUUUGGUUUUCAAGAAAUAGCUUUAUCUGAAUUUUCAGGAGCUACGCCUAUAAGUGAAACAUGGCCAUAUUUGAUAGCACAGUCACUUAAAAAUAUAAAUUUAACAUUACUUCAUUCAACAUAUUUAAGUAUAAAUCGGAUUGUUAUAUUUACAAAAAAAAAUAUUCUACCACUUGUAGAAAAAAUUGAAACAAGGUUUCAUAGAUUUGGUCUUAUGGGAUUGUCAGGACAUAAAGGUACUUUAUCAGUAAAAAUAACACUUAGUAAUAAUGAAAGAUUAAUUUUUUUAUCAUCUCAUUUUAUUCAUGAUGCUAAAGAAUAUCAAACAAGGAUAAAUCAAUAUAGAGAUAGUAUAAAAUGCACAUUUAAUGAUAAAAAAGAAAAAAAUGUUUCAAUAUUUUGGAUGGGUGAUUUUAAUUGGAGAUUACAUUCAAUGGAUCACUAUAGUAUAUCACGUGAAUUAGAAAAAUUAAGAGAAACAGAAAUAAAUGAUUUUGUUGAAAAUAAUUGUCAAUUAAAAAAAGCUCAAAAAGAUGGUAGUGCUUUUGAAGAUUUUGAGGAACCAUCAAUAUUUUUUAUGCCAACAUAUAAAUUAAAAAUAGGUACAAAUAUCUAUGAAUCUACAAGAGUAUCAUCAUGGUGUGAUAGAAUAUUAUAUAAGGGUGAUAAUAUACAGAAUCUUCUUUACACAUCUAAUACAACUAUCAAUAUAUCUGAUCAUUUACCAGUUUUUGGUUUAUUUAUAAAGAAAUUUUUUAUUCCUUUAAAUAUUCCAAAUAAAUAUCAUCAGGUAUUUCCGAUACAAUUUCACAAUCGCCUUUUAUGGUACUCCAAUACACCAUUAAUCGUUAAUUUUUCUUUUAAAAAUAAUUUUUGGAAUCAAUAUGGAUCAAAUUUUGAUUGGAUAGGAAUAUUUUCAUCAUUACUUUUUAUGGAUAAUCCAAUUUGUUGGGUUUACCUUGCUACAUGUAUAACAAAUGAAAUUGAUUCAAAUACAAUGUCAGCAGAAUUACCCGGUAUUUCAAAAGGAAGUUAUAAAUUAGUUUAUUUUAGUUCAAAAUUAAAAUGUAUAAAAGGCAUAUCUGAUUUUGAAAUUAAUGUCCUGUGA